UUGUCUGCUCACACUGCUAUGCUUUAUCUUGGCCAGGUCGCAGUUGCAAAUGAGAACUUGUUCUCAACUAGCCUACCUGGUUAAAUAAAGGUGAAAUAAAUAAAAAACACACACACAAAAAAAAAGGUCCAUUCCAAUACAGUCAAUCUUUGAAAUAAAAUACAUUUGUGAUUCUCAAUUUAUUGGUUAAGUGAUCCUGAGUCCAUAUGUUUCUCUGACAAUGUAAGUUAAUGGCAGUAUACAGAAUGUGUUCUCCUUCUUCCUCAUGACAUGUCAGGAUUCUGACCAGGACAGCCUCAUGGCUGAGGAGAUUGAGGUGUCCACAGAGAUGCAUGUUCUGGACAAGGUAUUGGAUGAAGAGGAGCUGGACCAAAACAUGUCAAUUGGUGAGAUAGAGAGGGGAAAAGAUUAACUGAAAGACAAAAAGGUGAGUGAGGAGAUUCUGCAUUUAAUCUCUCACAAAAAACAUCAAGUUGAACCUCAAAACCUUUCUCUAUCCCCUUUUCUCGAUUUCUACCCCUCUUCCUUUCCAUUCCAUCAUCACUACAUGGUAAAGGCUCUGCCAGAUGGCCUGACUGUGGAUGGAGCAAGGCUUCUGUUUGGCCAAGCCCCGAAACAGAAUGACACUGGAGUUUAUGAAUAUGUGGCGAACAACGGCGUUGGGACAAGGAAAGUAGAACAUAACAUCACAGUUACAGGUGCCAUUAAUACAGGUAACGAGUGGAGGACAGAGGAGCCUCUCAAAGAAGAAGUUACAGAAAUCAACACACUCCAGACAGGCCUUCUCCACAAGACUCAACUCUUUCAGCACAGAUCCCAGAUGACAGAAUGGGUCACCCCACCCACACUUCUCAGACUAGACAGUAGAAUGGAAAAAAAAAUGUUCCUUGAGGACCAUCCCAUCUACAAAGGCAGUCAAUCCACCCUUGGUGGGAAGUGGGGGACGGUUUGUGAGGGUGAUUUGGACUACCUAGGCCGCCCUGUCCUGUACCAAUCUAGCUGGCGACUCUGGCCUUCCUUCCUCGUCCCCAGGACCAGGAUGGCAGUGUGUGGCCCACAGACAUCCCCCCCAAUGCUCAGUGACCUGGGUGGCCAGAGGGAGGGUGUGACCGAAGGGGACGACUGGGGCCACAGACAGGACAUGCUGGAGGUUGAUGAGGCUGACUGUGACACCAGUUCUUACCAGAUCUCAAAGGCACUCCCCAACCACAACAAUGGGUUUCUGCGGCCAAAACCACACUCCAACACCAUCCUCCUACACCCCGGAGGACAGAACAUCUAGACAGGGGUGAAAGGAGUUGGUUGAAAAGGGAACUUUUUCCGUCAGCUCUACCCUAACCCAAUGGUCAUGGAGGCCUGCUACUCACUCCUGUGAACUGAACUUGGAUACAGUUGGACUGAAGUGAGUGUUUGGCAACCUCAUGGUCACAUUAAUUGCCAUUUUUAGGUUUACUUGGUCCUUUUUUUUACAUCAGCAUGGGCUUAUUGUAUACAGUGCCUUCAGAAAGUGUUUUGUUACAGGGUUAUUACAAAUGGAUUCAAUUUAGAUUUUUUUUUGUCACUAGCCUACAGACAAUAUCCCAUGUCAAAGUAGAAUUAUGUUUUUUGAUUUAAAAAAAUGUUUAAUGAAAAGCUUAAACGUCUUGAGUGAAAAAGGUUUCAACCCCUUGUUAUAGCGAGCCUAAAUAAGUUCAGGACAAAAAAUCUGCUUAACAAGUCACAUACGUUGCAUGGACUCUGUGUGUUUUUGAAUGACUACCUCAUGCCAGUACCCCACACAAUUAUAUGUAAGGUUCCUCAGUCUAGCAGUGAAUGUCAAACACAGAUUAAACUACAAAAAGAUUUUGAAAUGCCUCUCAAAGAAGGGCAUAAAUAUAAAAUGUCUUGUUCAUUCACCCUCUAAAUACAUGUCUCAAGGCUUAACAAUCCUUCUUUAACCUGUCUCUUUAACAAGUAACAUCAAUAAGGGAUCGUAGAUUUCAUCUGUAUUCACCUGGUCAGUCUGUCAUGUUCUAUAGUUGCCAUAGUGCCCUAGCCUCACCAUUCCAGGUGAAGCUGGUUGAGAGAAUGCCAAGAGUGUGCAAAGCUGUCAAGGCAAAGGCUGGCUACUUUGAAGAAUCUCAAAUAUAAAACAUUUUGAUUUAACACUUUUUUUGGUUACUACAUGAUUCCAUAUGUGUUAUUUCAUAGUUUUGAUGUCUCACUAUUAUUUUACAAUGUAGAAAAUAGUAAACCCUGGAAUGAGUAGGCGUGUCCAUACUUGUGACUGGUCCUGUAUAUCUAGUGUUUUAGGGCCAAGAAUUUGCAGAUUUACUGACAGGUUAUCCAUUUUUUGUUUGGCUUUCUAGCUAGCUGGCUAAUAUUUUUGUUUGAAAAAUGCAUCUGGACAUAUUACCAGCUUUUUUGUUUCUCCUGGCUGCCAAUUCCCAAGCUUCUGAGAACUAUUUUUAGAGGAAUGGGAGAUGCAGGAAUAAAUUAGUGCUAAGACAGAGCGCUCGUAGUGAGGACGACUGGCUACUAUUCUGAACUUUGUGUGGUGUACUUUCUGGUGUCCAGAGCUUCUGAGGCAUCACCCAAAUGGGUGCUCCACAGACUGGAAGAGAAGAAGACCCGUGGCUAUAAGAGUCAGGCUGGUUCCCAGACGUGCCCUCUACAAGAUCACCAACAGACUCCAUCACCAUCCUCUGAACAGCUCUCUCCGCUCAAGCCAUGAACUGACCCUCUCCAUCUUCAGAGGAUGCAGCUUUCAAAGACUUGGCCUCUAUUGGUUCACCUAUCAUGACAUAUUGCAUGUUUUUUUUGUUGCUCUUGAAGCACUGAGAUUCUAUGAAAAGCGCUAUAGAAAUGGUAUAAAUUAUUAUUAUUAUGGAAAGAGCAGGUGUUAAUGUUUUGUAUUCUCAGUGCAUUUCAACAACAACAAGGGCUCAAAAUUCAGAGAAUUUUCAUGUUUAUUCAUAAAAAUGUAUGCAUUGAUAAAAACACGUGCAUUGUAUUUUCUCUCCAGAUGUGUUGUCUCUGGCAUAGUCAUACAAAAAAAUUAAAAGACGAUGGACAUCCA